UGAGAAUGGAGGUAGUAAAGACAAGAAAGGAGAAAAUACAGAUAUUAUGGUAGACAAAAAACUGGAAGAAUGUCCUAACACUGAGACAAUUGAAAGAAUACAAGCAUCCUUUGGGAAACUGCUCAGAAUCAGUUCUCUGAAAGGAAAAUCAAUUACUGAAAAUCCUAUAACCAUGUCUCAAGUGCAAUUAUGUAAAGAAAAAAAUGGAAGAACAUCAUAUUGCAAUGAUUCGCUCAUCUUAGUUGAUGUAUUUAAAGAUAAUUCUCAUAUUGCAAUCUUGGUUGAUUAUGAUGUUCUUGAUGGUAAUCCUAAAAAACUAAUUUAUCAUAUAAGAUGUGUUGCUGAUUUUGACUUUGAUCAUAUAAUUAUUAUUGGAAAGACAGAGUAUGAAAUAAUCUUUUUAGAUUAUUAUGGUCAUAUUUUUCAAUGGGAAAAUAUGAGUUAA